AUGCAACAGGAGGCCUCGAUGGCAGCCCAGCCAUCAACGCAAGGGUGGCCCAAGGGGCUGACGUUGGUGGUGGACUACCUCACAGUCGACGAGGAGACCGCCUUGGUGAACUCCCUCGAUGAGCUCCCCUGGCUCGGUGAGAUCCAGCGCCGCACCCAGCAGUACGGCUACCACUACUCCUACCGCAAGCAGCGUGUGGACGAUACGCCCGUACCGCCCCUUCCCGCCUGCGUGCGCUUCCUCCUCGACCGCUUUCAGGAUGACCAUGUUCCCCUCGUCGCCCACCAACUCAUCAUCAACGAGUAUCAACCGGGAGAGCAGAUCAAGCCCCACAUCGAUUCGACGACGGACUGGGGCGACUGUGUGGUGUCGCUCUCGCUGCUCGAUGAUUGGGACAUGAUCUUCACCCAUCCCGGGCAUGUCACGUCGCAUCUCCCUCACCUUUCGCGAGCACAAGGAAACGACCGCGCUGCCCUCCGCAUCAACGUCAUGAACACAACCAGCUCGCUCGACCCAUGA